GAGGGGCAGAUUGGCACAGAGGAGGACUGGAGGUUGCCCAGCUCUGGGAAAGAGAGAAAACCUUGGCCCUGUAGGCAGCAGCGGAGCUCCGAGGGGAGCUGCAGCACAGGGGCAGAGACAUCUCCGGGCCCCAUGGCUGAGAAGACCCCAGCGGAGAGAGGGUUGCAGAACGAGGCUGCCCCCCAGGAUGCCUUGCAGGGCCUGCAGGACAGCUUGUUCUCCUCCGAAAGUGACAAUAGCUUAUACUUCACCUACAGUGGCCAGUCCAACACCCUGGAGGUCCAAAACCUCAGCUACCAGGUGGACAUGGCCUCCCAGAUGCCUUGGUUUAAGCAGCUGGCUCAGUUCAAGAUGCCUUGGACGUCACGCAGCAGCCAGGACCUUUGUGAGCUGGGCAUCCAGAACCUGAGCUUCAAAGUGCGAAGUGGGCAGAUGCUGGCCAUCAUAGGGAGCUCAGGCUGCGGGAGAGCCUCGCUGCUCGACGUGGUCACCGGCCGAGGCCCAGGCGGCAAGACUAAGUCAGGCCAAGUCUGGAUCAACGGGCAGCCCAGCACGUCCCAGCUGGUGAGGAAGUGUGUGGCCCACGUGCGCCAGCACGACCAGCUGCUCCCCAACCUGACCGUCCGCGAGACGCUCACCUUUGUCGCCCAGCUGCGCCUGCCCAGAACCUUCUCCCAGGCCCAGCGUGACAAAAGGGUGGACGACGUGAUCGCGGAGCUGCGCCUGCGGCAGUGCGCGGACACCCGCGUGGGCAACGCGACCCUGCGCGGCGUGUCCGGGGGCGAGCGGAGGAGAGUCAGCAUUGGGGUGCAGCUCCUGUGGAACCCUGGAAUCCUCAUCCUGGAUGAACCCACCUCGGGGCUGGACAGCUUCACGGCCCACAACCUGGUGAGAACCUUGUCCAGGCUGGCCAAAGGCAACAGACUGGUGCUCAUCUCCCUCCACCAGCCGCGCUCGGACAUCUUCAGGCUCUUCGAUCUGGUCCUCCUGAUGACGUCCGGCACCACCAUCUACCUGGGGGCAGCCCAGCACAUGGUCCAGUAUUUCACCGAGAUCGGCCACCCCAGUCCUCGUUACAGCAACCCUGCUGACUUCUACGUGGACCUCACCAGCAUUGACAGGCGCAGCAGAGAGCGGGAAGUGGCCACCAGGGAGAAGGCCCUUGCACUUGCAGCCUUGUUUCUAGAAAAAGUGCGUGGCUACGAUGACUUUCUGUGGAGAAGAGACACGAAGGACCUCGGUGCCGGCCCUGGUGCAGAGAGCCUGGUCCCCCCGCAGGACACUGACCACCUCCCGGCCCCCGCGGGCAGUGAGCUGCCCGGAGCUGUGCAGCAGUUCACCACGCUGAUCCGUCGUCAGAUCUCCAACGACUUCCGAGACCUGCCGACCCUCCUCAUCCACGGGGCGGAGGCCUGCCUGAUGUCCCUGGUCAUCGGCUUCCUCUACUACGGCCACGGGGCUGUCAAGCUGUCCUUCAUGGACACGGCGGCCCUCUUGUUCAUGACGGGGGCGCUCAUCCCUUUCAACGUGAUCCUGGACGUCAUUGCCAAGUGUCACUCGGAGAGGGCAAUGCUUUACCAUGAACUAGAAGACGGGCUGUACACGGCUGGUCCAUAUUUCUUCUCCAAGGUCCUGGGGGAGCUUCCAGAGCACUGUGCCUACGUCCUCAUCUAUGGGAUGCCCACCUACUGGCUGGCCAACCUGCAGCCUGAACCCGAGCCCUUCCUGCUGCAUGUCCUGCUGUUGUGGCUGGUGGUCUUUUGCUGCCGGGCCAUGGCCCUGUGCAUGGCCGCCCUGCUCCCCACCUUCCACAUGUCCUCCUUCUUUGGCAACGCACUCUACAAUUCCUUCUACCUCACUGGGGGCUUCAUGAUAAGCUUGGACAACCUGUGGACAGUCCCUGCGUGGAUUUCCAAAGUGUCCUUCCUCCGGUGGUGUUUCAUGGGCCUGAUGCAGAUCCAGUUUAAUGGACGCACAUAUUACACGGAGGUUGGCAACCUCACCGUUUCGAUCCCAGGAGAUGUUAUUGUCAGUAGCAUGGACCUGAACUCGCACCCUCUCUACGCUGCCUACCUCAUCCUCAUCGGCAUCAGCAGUGGCUACUUGAUUCUGUACUAUGUGUCCUUACGGUUCAUCAAACAGAGAUCAAGCCAAGACUGGUGAUGUGCACCAGACUCCUGCCCGUCGCUGGGGGCCUUGCACAGACCCUCCAACUGCACUCCCUUCCUCCCAAGGAGCCCCUUCUUGGGGAUGAGAAGGACCAUGACAAUACAGAUGCUCGGCAACACCUGGCCACAAUGCUGCAGUGGCACAGACCGGCCACAGGAUGGCAGUAGAAUAAAGAAAGUCAAAAGGGAUUUCUGAUCACUGGCCAGAGCUUGUGAUUACUGGAAACGUGAAAACCUAUGCUUGGUGGCACCUACAACGUUACUAAUUUAUUUCCUUCUGAUAUGUAUUUAUUUAGGCAAUUAAAUGUAGGACGGGAACAAAUUACAUAUGAAUUGAGUCACCAGGCUGUGCUGGAAUAAUUAGGGGCCCAGAGGGAACAACAACAGGGGAACUACUGAAAUGUUUGGCCUCUUAUCUUCCAGGGUCCCCAAACUCUGUGUUGAGUUACUCUCAAUACAGAAAGUGCUCUUCUAAAACAUACCAGCAAGGCACCAUCCCUCCUUCUGCUGUGGGGUAAUGGGCUCCAAAAACCAAACGGAAAAAUUAAAAUUUAUUGAGCAUCUA